UUUUAUUAAAAAAAAAUUAAAUCUUUAUAUAUUAUUCAUUAUGUCUUAUAGUGAAAAUCAAUCAGUUAAUGCUGCACUUAAUAGAGCAAAAGCAUUAAUAGAUUUUAAUAUUUGCAAUGAUAUACACAAACAAUUUGAAUUUGUGCGACAAACACUUCUUGCUGAUAAUUCACUUACAGAAAAUGAAAAAUAUGAAGCAAUAAUAAUAUACACUAAAUGUUAUGAUUCUUAUAAAGUUAUGUAUAAUUCAGGAACAAAAAGAACUUGUGAUAAUUGUAAUCAAGAAUGCUUGGCUACAUUAUAUUGUGAACUUUGUAUUCGAAAUUAUUUAAAAGCAAAAUUUUCAAAUUGGACAUCUGAAAAUGUUAAUAUUGAUAAUUUAAUAAAAGAAUGUCAAAUGGAAACAUUAAAACCAAAUAGAAUAGUAGAAUGGAUUCCAUAUAAUAAUUUGAAAAAUAUUAAAUAUCUAACAAAAGGUGGAUUUUCAGAAAUUUAUACAGCAGACUGGAUUGAUGGAUAUUAUAUAGAAUGGGAUUCUAAAGAACGACAAUUAAAAAGAUUUGGGAGACAUCAAGUAAUACUUAAAAAAUUAGAAAAUGUUGAAAAUGCAAACCAAAGUUGGCUUGAAGAGGCUAAAUCACAUUUAACUCUAAGCACUAAAUACCCAAAUAUUGUUCAAUGUUAUGGUUUAACACAAGAUCCGUCAAAUGGAGAUUAUAUGCUUGUAAUGAAUCAAAUGGAUACAGAUUUAAGAAAAUAUUUACACCAAAACCGACAACUUACAUGGAGAGAAAGAAUUCAAAUUGCUGUUUAUGUAAUUAAAUCACUUCAAAUAAUUCAUACAGAAAAUGCAAUUCAUAGAGAUUUGCAUUCUGGAAAUGUAUUAAAUGAUUUUGGUACUGUAUUUCGUAUCAGUGAUCUUGGAUUUUGUGGACCUUCAGAUAAACCAUUAAAAAGUAUAUAUGGAAAUCUUCCUUAUAUAGCACCUGAGGUUAUUAUUGGAAAAGAACAGACUUUUAAAUCUGAUAUUUAUAGUAUCGCAAUGCUUAUGUGGGAAAUUUCAUCUGGACAACCACCAUUUUUUAAUUAUGAUCAUGAUUAUGAACUUGCAAUGCAUAUUGUUAAUGGUAUAAGACCAAAAAUUGUACCAGGAACUCCUUUAGAAUAUAAAAAUUUAAUGAAACAAUGUUGGGAUGCUGAUCCAUCAAACAGACCUGAUAGUUAUGCACUUUGGAAAAAAAUAAGUGAAAUUAAUUUAUUUUAUCAAAAUAAAUCAGAUGAACUAUUAACUCAACCAGAAGAAAAUAAUAGUUUCGAAAUAGAAAAUUAUACUAGCGGUAACAUAUUAUCUACAAGUAGACUUCAUCAUUUUGAAAAACUUCCUGAACCAAGAAAUGCAACAGAAGCAUUUUAUAGUAAAUCAUUUGACUUUUGUAUUCCUGACAAUGUUGAUGAUAUUGAUAAAUCGAAUAAUAAAGAAAGUAGUACAUCGAAAAUAAGCACUAUAUUUAAAGUUAAUAGUAAAAAGUUAUCCAAAAUAUUUAAAAAGAUUUUAAAAAAUGAUGUUCAAAAUGAAGAUAAAAGAGAAACAAUAAAACAACAAAUAAAUAAACAUCAUCAUGAUAAUGUAGAUUAUGAAGAUGAAGUAUAUAAUAAUCCAAAUUUUCAUUCGGAAGAACAAGAUACAUUUGAACUUCCUGACGGUAAGAAUUUUUUUUGCAGAUAUUAA